AUGGAUGAGUCGAUGUCCAACAACCCGACCUAUUUCUACAGCGCAUUGGAGGGACCACGCUCCUUUAGACUGCUUAGACUAGCUCAAGAUACGAAUUGUUUACAAUGCAUGAGCUACACGAUUGAAGAGUUCGAAAGAGGAAGCGGCCAUUGCCCUUCUUACACCGCUCUCUCCUAUGCUUGGGGAAACGUAAAUACCACGGCAUCAAUUACACUGAACGGCUAUCAUGCAUCCAUCACGAAAAAUUUACAUGAAGCCCUACUACACAUUCGACGCAUACGGCCGUACUCACUGCUCUGGGUGGACGCCCUCUGUAUUGAUCAGAGCAACUCGAACGAGCGUGGCCACCAAGUUUCUCAAAUGCGAGCCAUCUACAGCGAUGCCAGCAACGUCAUAUCAUGGCUUGGUCCAGGCGCAGAAGGAACUGACCGGCUCUUUGUCUUUCUGAGAAGUCAUCACGACUCUUGCACUACAAAAGGUGGAAAUGAUGGGAACUGUGGCUUCAUUGCUGAUCGCGAGCUCGCCGACGCACUACAAUAUCUUGAGGAACGACCUUACUGGCACCGCAUCUGGGUGAUACAGGAGAUCGUAGUGGCUACGAGUCUUGAAGUCAUGUGUGGUGAUGAGUCGGUGAUGUGGUCGGUUUUCAUCAAGUUUUGGUCUUUAGUCUGUAGAGACCAUUUCAAGAAGAUCCCGGGGAUGAAUCGCCGCUUGGCGCCAUUUGGCCACUCCUCAGCCAUAAUACCACUGAUAGCAUGGCGUAAGACCAAUAUUGAUCUGGCACAUGCCUUAGAGCUGACUGGCUUGAGCCGCGCAACUGAUGAACGCGAUAAGGUCUAUGCGUUACUUGGUUUGGUUGACUGUGGAGCUGGCCGUCAUAUUGUCGUCGACUAUACGAUCUCCGCGUGCAGGAUAUUCUUAACGGCGACACACGCCAUCAUGGAUGACUGGAAUGAGAACGACACGGACAUAUCGAAGAAAUUGAAGCUCGAAAACUUGCUUUCCAGAAUCAACACUGAGUCAAGCUCACGCCAACAGCUUCCAAAGUUCCGUGCUAGAUCAACAGCCAGCCAAAUACCAGAGUGCAAUACCAUCGCCCAUUUACGUCAACGAGUUCGCUUCUUGUUACGCUAUACUGCGCGGUUGAAGUUCGUUGUGCCAAACGAUGGCGGGAACUGUGACGGCGAGACAUGCGGAUCGUGGGCGGCCAUGUACAAAGCCGCAACGAUCCAAAAAUACCCCAAACCCAAGUAUCAAAUGUUCGGCUCAUAUGGACACGCAAACCAGGACCAUGCUGCUGUCAACAGCUCUGUCACAUCGGAACGGCAGCCAAAAUCUCGACGUGAAGCUUCGCGAACAGUCAGAUCCAAUAUAAGGCGACCAGACCGAAAAAAAAGGCCUGCGAUUCCCGAUAAGGUCUCAGAUGAUGCGGUCCAAGGCUGGAUACAGUAUUACCAGCAGGUCAAUAGUCUGCAUUGA